GGAGACUAAUAGCUUCUCCUCGACUUGGGGCUCAAUGGACAAUCAUUAACUCCCGCAGUCCUGUGAACCUCACAGUUAUUAGCAGAUUAUAUUCGAAAACUAGUUCCUAAUCUUCUAGAAUGCUUUCGUCAGUUAUUUCUCGAUAUUCAACUUUCUUACCUUCUUCUUUGCUUCUCGUGCAAUUCGAAACCUUGCUUCAUCAUCACGGUUAUCACUCCACCCCCUCCAAUGCCCCAAACACCACUUCCUUUCCCAACUAUGAUGACCCAAAUUCAUCCCCAAGUUCAACUAGUGCUUCCUCUGACCCUCUGAACCCCACCAUCAUGCUGGAAACCCUCUCUUGUUACAACAAUGACUGGAGAAGAGCUUUAGAGUUCUUCAACUGGGCCGAGACGCAGUGUGGCUUCCAUCACACCAGCCAAACGUGCAACCAACUUAUUGACAUUCUGGGGAAGUUCUUUGAAUUUGAUGCAGCUUGGAGCUUGAUUGAGAAAAUGAGAAGUGUAUCCUCCAUGCCUGACCACACCACUUUCCGAGUCUUGUUCAAACGUUAUGUGUCUUCUCACAUGGUAAAAGAAGCAAUUGAUAUGUUUGAUAAGAUGGAGGAAUUUAAUUUAAAAGAUCAAGUUUCAUUUUCAAAUCUAAUUGAUGCUUUAUGUGAGUAUAAGCAUGUGAUAGAAGCCGAAGACUUGUGCUUCCCUAAGAACAAGAAUGAUGUGAAGUAUUCAUGUUUUAAGGUGGACACAAAAAUAUGUAAUAUGCUUCUUCGUGGGUGGUUCAAGAUGAGUUGGUGGGGUAAAUGUAGACAGUUUUGGGAAGAGAUGGAUACAAGGGGUGUGCAAAAGGAUCUGUAUUCGUACUCAAUUUACAUGGAUGUACAGUGCAAGAGCGGAAAGCCAUGGAAAGCUGUAAAAUUAUACAAAGAAAUGAAGAAGAAAGGAAUUGACUUGGAUGUGAUCGCGUAUAACACUGUUAUCCGUGCUAUUGGGAUUUCAGAUGGUGUUGAUGUAGCAGCUAAGCUCUGUCAAGAGAUGAUUGAGUUGGGGUGCAAACCAAAUGUUUCUACGUACAACACACUGAUCAAGCUUAUGUGUGAAAAUGGGAGGUAUAGAGACGCAUAUAAAGUGCUUAGUCAAAUGCCUCACAAGGGUUGCGAGCCUAAUGUCAUUACAUACAACAGCUUCUUUGGUUGCCUUGAAAAGCCGAGAGAGAUUCUCAAAUUGUUUGAUAGAAUGAUUGAAAGCGGAGUGCGACCUAGGAUGGACACCUAUGUCAUGCUUAUGAGGAAAUUUGGAAGAUGGGGAUUUCUUCGACCGGUCUUUAUUCUUUGGGAAAAGAUGGAAAAACAGGGAUUGAGUCCAGAUGCGUCUGCUUACAAUGCAUUAAUUGAUGCCUUGGUACAAAAGGGUAUGGUUAAUAUGGCACGUAAAUAUGAUGAAGAGAUGUUAGCAAAGGGCCUUUCAGCUAAGCCGAGGGUAGAACUGGGGACAAAGUUGACUACUGCUGACUGUGAAGGCAGCUGAUG